CCCAGGCCUCUCAUCUUCACUUCACUUUACUCUCUCCCCACUCCCCAGCACGAAAAGUACCACCACAGUUCACACUUAACCCCCCAUCCCCCUCACACCGCUCUCCGCUCGCCCUGCAUUUUCUGCUUUCUUUCAUCGCAUCUCAUCGGGUAACAAUGCCGAUCAACACCGAGUCCACGCCGCCUCCGAGGAUCGGAAAGAUCGGACCCUACACUGUCUUCAUAACACCUCCCUCCACUCCUACAACACCUCACACUCCUUCCAACCCCCCCGCCGCUUCUCCCACCAAACCCCAGAUUCACACGCCGCCGCCUGCGGUCAAGACUCCGCCUCCGGUCAUGGUACCUCCCAAACAAUACGAUAGCUACCCUACUAAGCCCCACUCGGCUUUCGGCUUUUUCUGGGACGCCGUAGCUAAAGUCCAAAUUGCGCACGCGAGUUUGGAUGAGAGCGUGGCGUAUUGGUUCGGGUUGAAUCAAUCCAAGUAUCAGUGGGCGCUUGAUGAUUACUACGAGAGCAAGGGAAUUAAUCCAGCAGAAGCAAAAGCCAGAGCAUUGCCUAGCAAAGUAGAUAAUGUAUAACAAGCCUAUAUUAUUUUGCCAGGGUUAUCUUGAAAUGGAUGCCUGCAAAAUGCUGCCCCGGCAAGUAGAUGUAACAUGUCCAGUAGCAGAGUAGUCCACCAAUGCCCUUUAAUAUGGCUAUGGCUGUUGAUUUUUUAGCUGCAAUGAUGCAGUGACUAAGUGGUGUGGUGUUUUGUAUUGUCCUCUUCUAGUUAUUAUUAUUAUUUUUUUUUUUGAUCAAGUUGCUUGAAGCAAAGAUCUGUUAAUAUACUUUUCGAGAGAACAUAAUCUUGUGUUGUAUACUUGUAUACCCAAGCAGCAUAUUGGUUGAUGUUUAAUACAUAUGCAAUCAGGAUUUGAACUAA